UGCCAGCAGCAGUUUACUCGAAAACGUUCGGCAUAUUUUCAAAAUAUUUUUUUUUUUUUCAUAAGAAAAUAUUAUAAUUGAUAAAAAUCAAUAAGCAAAUUACUCAAUCAAUAUACUAUAAAAAUAUGGACUCUGAUACUGCUUACCAGCAAAUAUGCAGUGUACGAACUGUACAAUCAGAUAAAAAAGGAUUUUUCAACGAAUUCUAUCUGGAAGUGCGACAGUCGUGUGGUGAAAAAUGGCUAACAAAUUAUUUCGGAAAAUUGAAAUCCGAUCAAGCACGUAUACUUUCGAUAUUCAGCGAUCGUGAGAUUUGUGAUCCAGUAUUGGGUGUACUUGAAAAUGUUCGUCCUGUUUAUAAGCAAAAGGAUGCAUUAUUUUCAAGUCAAAGGAGGGCACAGGCUGAAAAAUUUAAUUUAUUAGAUGAUCCUAAACAAGCACUCGCCCAUGCAAAUUUAGCGGUUGUAAGAGCACCUGCCAGAGAUAUUGAUCCUUUAGUCGAUGGAGGCCUAACCUUAGCUUUGGCAUUUUGGACUAGAGCCCUCAUACUCCUAGAUAUGGGUAACGGUGAAGCUGCAUUAAGUGAUCUCAAAUUAGCAGCAAAUUAUGGCGUUGAGUCUAAAUCAAGUGUUGAUUACUAUCUUAAAAUGGCCAAAGCUUAUGCAUAUAUGGGUGAACCAGCACGAGUGGAGAUCUCAUUGAAAAUAGCGGAAAAACUAGCUCCAGCCGGUACAACUAAAAUCGAUGCAUGUCGUCAGGAAAUUGCUAAUAUUAAAACAAACAGUGAUCCGAAGAAAAUUAAUCUCAAGAAACCCAAUCCAACUGGAGGUGAAAAUCCUGAUUUGCUUGGCACUUCAAAUCUGGUAAAGUUGGUCGAGAGCUCUGACAAGGGAAAGUUCAUCGUAGCCACGAAUGAAUUAAAAACUGGUGAUGUUGUUCUAGCCGAAGAUCCUAUAGCAGCUUGUUUGCUACCAAGUUUCUUUGGAAGCCACUGUCACAACUGCUUUGAAAGACUGAUCACUCCUGUUCCAUGUUUGAACUGUUCGGGAAUAGCAUUUUGUUCCGCUCAGUGUAUGGGAGAAGCUUGUUCUUCUUAUCAUAGGUUUGAGUGUGCUUUUAUGGAUUUGUUUAUUGGUUCUGGAAUGUCUAUUUUGUGCUACAUUGCCUUGCGUGUCUUCACACAGGCUAGAGCUGGUGUUGAACAGGGAUUGAGUAUUGCCAAUGGUUUGAUAGAGAAUCUCUGUGCUCAUAAUGAGUCCCGACAAGCCGAUGACUUUUUGCAGCGUAGUUUAAUGGCUGGAUUCUUAAUGCGUUGUCUGCAAAAGGCCCAAUACUUUGGUCAUCGCAAAACAGAAGGGGUCAAUCCAACGGCUUUAGAAUUGAAGGUUGCAACAGCACUAUUGGGACUUUUGCAAGUUUUGCAAUUUAAUGCACAUGAAAUUUAUGAAACCUUAGUUACCGAUAAACAUUGUUUCGAUGGAUCCAAGGUGAUCUAUGUCGGUGCUGGUCUUUAUCCAGCUGGAUCUUAUUUCAAUCAUGAAUGUUGGCCAACAGUGGCAAGAUAUUUUGUUGGAAAGCGAAUAAUUUUGGCUGCCACCCGUCCACAUAAGCAAAACCAAAUUGUUGCUGAAAACUAUGGACCGGUUUUUACGAAAAUGAACUUAAAAGAGCGACAACGCGCUCUUCGUGGACGUUAUUUGUUCGAUUGUACUUGUGAUUGCUGCAAAGAGAAUUGGCCAACUUUACAGAAACUCGAUAAGCAGGUUAGAUUUUGGUGUCCGUCGGGAACUUGUGGAUCGGUAUUGCGUUUUCCGAAGGAUUUGGCUAAAGAUGUACGAUGUGCCAGAUGCCGAAAGAAUGUUUCUUUGAAAGAGAGCAUUGUUAAAUUGAUUAAGGUCGAAGAGAUGUAUAGAGAAGCUGCUAAUGCUAUGAAGAAUCAAGACGUUGAAAGUGCGAUAGAAUUGUUUAAGGAAGCUAUUGAUCAAUUUUAUGAAAUCGCUGUUCUUCCACACAAGGAUACAUUAAUUGCUCAGGAUUCAUUGCGAACAUGUUUAGCCAGUACGGGAACAACUUUCAAAAAAUAAAUUUUAAAUUUAAAAGACUUUGUUGUGUUGCUUUGAAAUGAGUGAUUUUUUUAAAUUAAAAUGUGAGACACUGUGUCGUA